AUGUACUGGUCUGGUAUGCCUCGUGAGGAUGAUAUACAUCAAUAUGGUGUGGGUAUUUUGGUGAACAAUAGAUUCCGCAAGGCUAUUCUUGACUACAAGUUCGUAAAUGAACGCAUCAUGAUGAUGAGAUUUAAAGGUACUGGAAGGAAUCUAACUAUCGUACAGUGUUACGCGCCGACAGAGGAUGCUACUAGUGAUGCAAAGGAUGCUUUUUAUGACUCCCUGACAAAUGCAAUUGGAACAAUAAUGAAGAACGAUAUGAAAGUGCUUAUGGGAGACUUUAAUGCCAAAGUUGGUGCCGAAAAUACCGACCUCCAGCACAUCAUGGGAGUUCAUGGAAUUGGCACUAUGAAUAAUAACGGAGAAAGACUGGUUGAGCUCUGUGGUGUAAAUGAAUUUAAAAUUGGCGGGACGCUUUUCCCACACAAACAUUGUCAUAAGGUAACUUGGAGAUCUCCGGAUAACAAAACUGAGAAUCAAAUAGACCACAUAUGUGUUAGUGCUAAAUGGAGUAAUUGCCUAUGUGAUGUUCGCAACAGACGAGGUGCUGACAUAGGUUCGGAUCAUCACCUAUUAGUUGGUAACUUGCGUUUUAUUGUUGGGAGGGUGAAGCGGAACAGGAACAGUAAAUGCCAUCGGGUUAAAUACAACACAGAUAAACUGAAGUCAUCACAUCAACGGAACAUAUUCGUGCAACUACUGGAAACGAAGCUUAUGGAACCAUCCCCGAUGAAUACUAUUGAACAAAACUGGACAAGUAUUAAAUCUGCUGUUUUAGAGGCCUGCAUAGAGGGACUUGGUAGAAGCCGAAAUACGAAGGAGGAAUUUAUAACACAGCGAACUUGGAAGAUUAUAGAUGAGCGUGCAAAGCUUAAGAAUAAAAUCAAUGCUACUCGAAGCAUUAGUGAGAGGAAAUUAAUUCAAAGGGAAUAUACUCUGAAGGAUAAACAAGUCAAGCGGGCCAUAAGAGAUGAUAAGAGGGAACAUAUGACCAAUUUUGUGAGAGAGGCUGAAAACGCUGCUGCAGCACACAACAUGAAAGACCUUUUUAAAAUAACCAAGAAGAUUGCUGGUUCACGAGCUAGGAGGUCCGUUCCCGUUAAAAACCUUCAAGGACAACUACUUACCAACAUAGACGACCAACUGAAAAGAUGGAAACAACAUUUUAUGAGUGUAUUAAAUGUUCAACGCGAAGGAAUCGUAAUAACAAAUAACACUGAAACCAUAUCUGGAGUACGCCAAGGUUGCCUUUUAUCACCUCUACUAUUCCUGAUCGUUAUAGAUGCAGUCUCCAAACGUGCUAACGAAAACAAAUCAUUUGAAACCAUAUCUGGAGUACGCCAAGGUUGCCUUUUAUCACCUCUACUAUUCCUGAUCGUUAUAGAUGCAGUCUCCAAACGUGCUAACGAAAACAAAUCCCGAGGUAUUAUGUGGAAUCCUACCACACCAAUCGAUCGCCUUGAGUCAUUAGAUUACGCUGAUGAUAAAUGUGAACUCUCCCACAGGCUAUGUGACAUGCAGGAUAAGUUAAAUGACCUGGCAUAUACAUCAAGUACGGUUGGCCUUAGAAUAAAUAUAGCAAAAACAAAGGAGAUCCGCAUUAACUCUAGAUCUGACGACCCCUUAAUACUCCAUCAAAAACAUGUUCAACGUGUUGAAGAUUUCCAAUAUUUGGGCAGUGUGGUGACUGAGGAUGGUGGUACAAUCAAAGAUGUCGAAAGCCGAAUAAGAAAGAUGUCUUCGAAGAAUCCUUAA